CUGGGGCUCCGAACCUUAUUUGUAUCACACACGAACCCGGGUCUCGAGGCUCCCCCAUUCAUCAUCCACCCAUCCGUCCAUUGUUCCAUUCAUCCAUCCAUUGACCCCUCUUAUACGGAAUACGUCACUACCCCAUACCUCACUGAAGGUACUCACUUGCUGCCUUCGCUUCCUACAACAGCGCAACACCACAGGCCACAAUUUUCGCCUCAACUGCUUCCCCCAACAAGGGCCGAGCCUAACCUAGAGCCACGAUGGCGUCCUCAAGGCGCUGGAGGGUUGCCGCGACGGCGGUAAUCGCUGCUGCGAUGCUGGCCAACGCAGCCUUUGCGCAAACUUGGAGCUCAUGUAACCCUUUGUACACAACAACCUGUCCGGCCAACACGGCGUUAGGCAUGAAUGUUGAUGUCGAGUUCACUAACGGAGCGGUCAAUUCGUUCGUGGCAAGCGGUGGGAUACCCACGUACGGCGCUGACGGAGCCACAUUCACUGUUGCCAAGUCUGGUGAUGCGCCUCAGCUCACAAGCGUCUUCUACAUCAUGUUUGGCCGCGUCGAGGUCACCAUGAAGAGUGCCCCCGGCGCCGGUAUCGUGAGCUCUCUGGUGCUCCAGUCGGACGACCUCGACGAGAUCGACAUGGAGUGGCUCGGCGCCGACUCGACCGAAGUCCAGACCAACUACUUUGGCAAAGGCCAGACUGGCUCGUUCAAUCGCGGCCAGUUCAACCCCGCCGCCAACAACCAGGGCCAGUUCAUCAAGUACACCAUCGACUGGACCGCUGACCGCAUCAUGUGGUAUGUCGAUGGGACCGCCGUGCGAACCCUUACGUUCAACGACGCCGCCGGCCAGUAUCCCCAGACCCCCAUGCAGAUCAAGUUCGGUGCAUGGUCUGGCGGCGACCCGUCAAACCCCUCCGGCACCAUUGAGUGGGCGCGUGGUCCUACCGACUAUUCCAAGGGGCCUUUCUCCAUGUCGGUCAAGUCCGUCGUUGUGAGUGACUAUUCGACGGGCAAGUCAUACACGUACGGCGACACAUCGGGUACCUGGCAGUCCAUCAAGUCGGACGGCGGCACCAUAAACGGGAACCUCGGCAAGGCCGGGAGCGUUACCGUCACGGCUAGUGCUUCCGCCGUCACAUCGCUCUCACCAUCGAUCCCAGCCGGCGGCAUUGGAAGGGGUUCCAACAGCGCCACGUUAACCCAGACCGGCUGGCCGUGGGUCGCCACUGGCACCCCUUCGAAUGGUGGUUCCACCAUUCCGAGCGGCUGGGUCAUGACGCCAGAAGGCAAGAUUGUCCCGGCCAGCUCGAGUAUUGUCAAACCGCCUCAGCUAAUUCUACUACUCAUUGGGUCCGUUGUUCUCGGACUUUUCGCAGUUGGUUGGUGUUAAUGCCAUACCACGUCACCCUCUUCGAUCAUGCGAGCUAUCCCGCGAUGCCAAUUAAUUGCUACACCCCCUUUCUCGCGUUUCAACGCCAUCACGCAACACCCCCGAACAAGUGCACCCGCUUGCAACGAUCAAUAUCACCCCCGACAACCACAAACCCACCCAUCGGUGGAU